CAUCUGCUUGGCACAGCUCAAAUAUUCUCCGCAGCGGGAGAGCAGCUCUGACUUCAGAGACUAGUCUGCAGCCAUCCUUGGAGAUGCUGGGACAGGGGACCUGGCGGGCUGGCUGGGCAUGGAUGCCACAGGAUUCAAAGGAGCUGUCUGCCCGAUGUCACCUCUGACCCUUCCUGAGCGAAGGACACCAGUGAGUCUGCGCUCCAGGGUGGAGUUGUUCAGAUGCUCCUGACAAACACAGAGAUGCUUCCAUGAGGAACAGCAAGGCGGGCAUGACGCUCAGUGAUGCUGCCCGUGUAGCUGGCCGAUGACGUCACCACCCACUCCUGUCCUCUCGAACUCUGUUCCCAACUGAGGUUCCCAGCACUGCGUUCUCCACCAAGACGGGAUAGGAUGAGCCAUCCUUCUGCUUGGACUGUCCCUGCCAGGAAAUUACCUGAAGCCGCUCAGCCCAAAGCCUCCUCAUGGACCAGUCAAAUAUGACCUCCCUGGCCGAGGAGAAAGCCAUGAACACCUCCAGCAGGAAUGCCUCCCUGGGGAGCUCGCACCCGCCCAUUCCCAUAGUGCACUGGGUCAUUAUGAGCAUCUCCCCUCUGGGCUUUGUGGAGAAUGGGAUUCUCCUCUGGUUCCUCUGCUUCCGGAUGAGGAGAAAUCCCUUCACAGUCUACAUCACCCACUUGUCCAUUGCUGACAUCUCCCUCCUGUUUUGUAUUUUCAUUCUGUCCAUCGACUACGCGUUGGACUAUGAACUCUCUUCCGGCCAUUACUACACAAUUGUUACGUUAUCGGUGACUUUUCUCUUUGGCUACAACACGGGCCUCUAUCUGCUGACAGCCAUCAGCGUGGAGAGGUGCCUGUCGGUCCUCUACCCAAUUUGGUACAGGUGCCACCGCCCCAAGCACCAGUCGGCGUUCGUCUGUGCCCUCCUGUGGGCGCUUUCGUGCUUGGUGACCACCAUGGAGUAUGUCAUGUGCAUUGAUAGCGGGGAAGAAAGUUACUCUCGCAGUGACUGCCGGGCGGUCAUCAUCUUUAUAGCCAUCCUCAGCUUCCUGGUCUUCACCCCGCUCAUGCUAGUGUCCAGCACCAUCUUGGUGGUGAAGAUACGGAAGAACGCAUGGGCCUCCCACUCUUCAAAGCUGUACAUCGUCAUCAUGGUCACCAUCAUCAUCUUCCUCAUCUUCGCCAUGCCCAUGCGGGUCCUCUACCUGCUGUACUACGAGUACUGGUCCGCCUUCGGGAACCUACACAACAUCUCCCUGCUCUUCUCCACCAUCAACAGCAGCGCCAACCCUUUCAUCUACUUUUUUGUGGGCAGCAGCAAGAAGAAGCGCUUCAGGGAGUCCUUAAAAGUGGUCCUGACCAGGGCUUUCAAAGAUGAGAUGCAGCCCAGACGGCAGGAGGCCAACGGCAACACCAUCUCCAUCGAGACCGUGGUCUGAGGACCACAGCGGGGAAUCGGGGACAGAAACGGUGGAAUGUGGUAGCCUUCAAUUUGUGCUUGGAAUGCAAUCAAAGCACAUUUAAAUCUCCAAAAUACGAUACAGAAAGGAAGCAUUCCACAUGCAUGGGAGUCUAAUUAAUGAUGAGCUUGCAUUCUUAGCUAGUGUCUUCUGGAAAUGUCUCUGUAUGUGACGGGUCUCUCUCUUUUCCAACCUUAUCAGAGACUCAUCCUUCUCUUAUCUCUUUGGUAGUGAUCAACAGUUGACUACAAAAACUGCUCUAGUGGGCUGGAGACAUGGCUCAGAGAUUAAGAGCAUUGGCAGCUCUUCCAGAGGUCCUGAGUUCAAUUCCCAG